AUCCAUCCGCCAAAAAGUUCCUGUCGCCUUCCGCACGAGAAGCGCAGAUGUCUGCCGUCGCCGACGAUGGGAUUCGCCGCCGAGUUAUGGUCGCCCGCUGCCUGCCGGCCCCCUCCAAGAGAUAUUGACAACUCGCGUUUCUUUGCGACCUCCUCCUCCUCCUCCUCCUCUUCAUUUAGCGUGCUCCGCUCGCUCCGGCUCCAAAGGUCGAGCCUUUUUCUCUGAUGGUCAGAGGCCCGAGUGGGGUUUCCGUGGAGCAAUCGGGGAUCGGCUGACGGGUUGGAGCUCUUUCCUGGGAGUCCGGAUCUAAUUUCGGUGCAGCAAGAACAUAUUUUGGGGGAAUCAGGAUGCUGUUUGUGUUCGUUCUGUUCCGCCUCAGCACUAUUGUACAUAUUACCGCCACGUCGCCGGCUAGAGAAAGUUUUGGUCUCUUCCGGAGGGUGUAGAUUUUACGGGUUUUGGUUUCUAUGCUUCGUGCUUGGCAAUCGUCUUUUUUUUUUCAAGGGGAUUGGAAGGUUCGCUUUUUUAUUUUUCUCACUCUCUCUACUUUUGUUUCUUGGUUGGGUGUCUAUCUCGUCAGUUUGGAGUUUGCGAUAGAUCUUGACUGACCAAAAAGAAAAAGGAGUGGAAUUUCGGAGGGAAGGGGAACUGCUAGAAUUUUCAGUUUAUGGGAGUUGCUAAUUACCCGAUUCUUGAUCUGUUACAAAAGGUCAGAUCUUGGGCAAGCAUUAUUCCUGACAUGUUCUCGGAAUCCUUGAUGUCGUCCGCCGGUGAUCGUUCCAUGUGCAGCGAGUCUAGAGAGUGUUUGGGUUCGCCCGGGUUUGGCUUCCGAUGCCGGGGCUGUGGCCUGUUGCUUUGCCGGAAGUGUGUGCUUGCUGUUGCCACGGCCUCCUAUCGAACUGAACAGCAGCCGGUUCUUUGUAACUUAUGCUUUCACGUUGACAAUGGAUCCUGGGAAGCAGCACAAUCGCAUGGCACCCCGGGUCCUUUUAUAUCUCCUAAGUCGCCCUUGUCCAGAUCUAGCACUGACAGGCUCAGCCAGUUGGUAGAGCUGCAACAGUUAUCUUGUUCGCACCAACUUCAUUGCUCCACGUACAGAAGCUAUAAAGACGACCAGCGUGAUGGUUACGGGAAACAAUUUUCCACGCCAAUGAGUGCAUUCUCUCAAGAGUCUUCCGACAUAGAUUCUAUGAGUAUCAUUGCUGGAAAUGAGUUGUACAGCCUCAGGUCAGCAAAUUCAAGUCCUUUUCACAGUCCAUGUAGGUCCAUUGAGCAGGAGCUUGCUAGCCCUCUCCUGCAACAGACUCUCCUGUUUAGUCAAGAUUCUCCAGAUCACCAGUUCAUCAAACACAGAGCAGACUCUGAGGAUUUAUUGAAAAAUACCAGUGAUUCAAUUUCUGAGAAUGGAAUGAUAUAUCAUGAUCAAGAUAGUCAAAAGGCUACAGAACAUUGUGAUUUUGAGAAUGAUCGUGUCUUUUACCCUCCUAUCCCUGCUGAUGAGCAGGAUGAUAAUGAAACUAGCUUCUUUGGAUAUAUUGAUGAGGAUGAUGAUGAAUCAUCCAGGCUCCUUAAAACUAUUAGCUUCAGUAGUAAUCACCUCGACACUAGAGAGAAGGCUAAUGAGUCUCACAAGGAGGCUUUGAAGAGUGUCGUUCAUGCACAUUUUAGGGCUCUCGUAUCACAGUUAUUGAAGGGAGAAGGUGUUUGUGCUGGAAGUGAUCAGAAGGGACAGAGCUGGUUGGAGGUAAUAUCCUCAUUGGCAUGGCAAGCUGCUAAUUUCAUCAAACCAGACACUAGCCAUGGUGGUAGCAUGGAUCCAGGUGAUUAUGUUAAAGUCAAGUGUAUCGCAUCAGGGAGUCCAAGUGAUAGUACCUUAGUUAAGGGAGUGGUUUGUACAAAGAAUGUAAAGCACAAACGUAUGAUUUCACUGCAUAGAAACCCUAGGUUACUUCUUUUGGGAGGUGCAUUGGAGUAUCAAAAGGCGCCAAAUGAGUUGGCCUCAAUUGUGUCUGUUCUUGAGAAGGAAACCAAUUACAUGAACACAAUGCUUUCUAAGAUAGAGGCACUUCGUCCCAAUGUGCUUCUUGUUGAGAAAAAUGCUUCCUCAUAUACUCAAGAAUAUCUUUUUGAAAGAAAAGAGGUAUCUUUAGUGCUAAACGUCAAGAAACCAUUAUUAGAGAGGAUAUCACGGUGUACAGGUGCUCAAAUUGUUCCGUCUAUAGAUGGUGUUUCUUCAGCAAGGUUAGGGCAUUGUGAAAUGUUUCGGAUAGAAAAGGUUUAUGAAGAGUUCUCAUCUGAAAAGAAGCCUAGCAAAACAUUGAUGUUUUUUGAAGGUUGUCCAUCGCGUUUAGGGUGCACGGUUCUUUUGAGGGGUGCAUGCCUUGAAGAAUUGAAGAAGCUAAAGCAUGUUAUCCAGUAUGCAAGUUUUGCAGCUUAUCAUCUAUCAUUAGAGAGAUCAUUCCUAGUAGACGAGGGUGCUUCCCUGCCUAAAUUUCCUAUAGUGCCAAUUGAGUUGCCUAAGAAACUUACUGAGGCUGAUCAAUUUCACUCGACAGUUUCCAGUGUGACUGCUUCUGACGAAACUGUCAGUAAUAAUCAUCAAAAUGAUAGGUCAUGCACCAAAGUUGGCAUAGAGAGUGUGUCUUCAUCUUCGGAUGUCAUCCAUUCAAACAAAGAAAUAGUUGAGCAUAUUUCAGAUCCACAAAAUUCUAAUUCCUUGUUUGAGUUAACUAACAUUCCUGACAUGAAUGGUUUUUCUAAUCCAUAUCCUGAGCAAAAUGGUACCUUUUUCAGAUCCUCUCCCCAUGUUUGCCUUUGUGGGUCAAGUGGGACAAAAACUUGUUUCUCUUGCAAGGAACCUACUUAUAUUUCACUUUUAUAUACCAAUGCUAGCAAUCACCAAGGUGUGAUACCUGAACAACCAGUUAAAGGAAGAAGUUACCUUUCUAAUGAUUGGCUUCUUAGACCAGAAGAUCAACAUAAUAAAUCGGAUAUUGCUCUCGAGAAUGAAGUUCCUGGGCAUUACUUUUCCACCGCUGAUAACCACCAUAGCAUAUUGGUUUCCUUAUCAAGCACUUGUAUAAGAAAAAGCCGAGUUUGUGAGCGAUUCCAUCUUUUCCGAAUCAAGUUUUAUGGUAGUUUUGAUAAGCCACUUGGUAGAUAUCUCCGUGAUGAUUUGUUUGAUGAGACAUAUUGUUGUCCGUCUUGUAAAGAGCCAACAGAAGCCCACGUUCGGUGUUAUACUCACCCACAUGGCAGCCUUACUAUCAUGGUCAGACGACUUCCUUCUGUAAAAUUACCUGGUGAACAUGAUGGAAGGAUAUGGAUGUGGCACAGAUGCCUUAAGUGCAAAAGAGAUGAGGAUGGAGUUCCACCAGCUGCGCGGAGAGUCAUCAUGUCAGAUGCUGCAUGGGGGCUCUCUUUUGGGAAAUUCUUGGAACUUAGCUUCUCAAGCCAUGCAACUGCUAACCGUAUUGCAAGUUGUGGUCACUCACUUCAAAGAGAUUGCCUUCGUUUUUAUGGGUUUGGCAACAUGGUUGCCUUCUUUCAUUAUUCCCCUGUAGAUAUCUUAUCUGUUUGCUUACCACCAUCAGUUCUGGAUUUCAACUGCCAUGUUAAGCAGAUAUGGUUGAAAGAUGAGGCACUUUUGUUAUCUAGUAAAAUAAAAAUUUUGCAUGAUAAGAUAUCUGAUGUGCUUCAUACAAUUGAGAGGAAGAUCACAAUAUCUGAGAAUGAACCCUUGAAAGCAAGCAUUCAGAGACAUAUUAACAAGUUGAAGAAUUUAAUUAAUGAAGACAGAUAUGAAUAUGAUGUCGUGCUUCAACAAGUUGCAUUUGGAAAUAAACCCCUUCAGGAAACAUUUGACAUCUUAGAGCUUAAUAGGUUGAGACGUGCACUUCUACUUGAUUCAUACAGAUGGGAUCGUAAACUCUAUUUACUGGAUUUGUUGUCCAAGGAGAAAAAUUGUACUUUGACUUGUUCACAAUUUGCAAACUUUUCCUCUAUAAGUGAUCUGAGUGAUUUGAGGGAAGAAAUAUCUUGGAAGAAUGAAUCAUUUAGUAACUCACCUGGAGAAGCUGUUGCGAAGUCAUCCUUUUCAGGUAUAGUUGAAAAGUCAAGUUUUCAGAAGAAGAAGAAUGAGGAUCUUAGCUUGGAGGUUUUGGGCUGUAAUACAAACAACAUUGUUGAAAUGGACUUGUCCAUUGAAUCCAUAGAGGGUUAUGUAGGUUCAUCAGGUUUUAACUUUGUUUCUAGUCAAUUUGAAUAUGAGACACCAGUGUUUAGUGACAGUGGAAGUACAGUUUUAGAGAACUCAACUUUACCCACAUCUACCCUAUCAGUUAAAAUUGAUUUGGCAUGGAGUGGUUCUGGUCAGGUACUGAUAGAUCAACCCAAAGGUGGUUCAGAAGUUGAUAAAAGUGGUCUUUUAAAGGAUACUGCAUCCUACAGGAGGGUUAAUUCCCCAUUAAGAGUCCAUUCAUUUGAUUCUUCUUUAAGGUUUCGUAAGAGAGUAAUUGGUGAUUUCUUUCCUGCUUCUUUGCAUUCAAGUUCAAUGAAAUCCUAUGAUUCCUCUGGAGUUCUUCCAAGCAUGACACGUGAUUCACUUAUAAGAAUGAGAAGAGCCUACUCACAAAGUUCUCCGGUUCCGAGAUUGGAUAAUCUUCUUAAUCACACGCUUAUACAUAUUACAUCAAUUGUGGAUAAGAUGGCUGCAGGAGCACGUUUACUUUUACCACAAAGUGUUCUUGACAAUAUUGUUAUUGCAGUCUAUGAUGAUGAACCCUCCAGUAUCAUAUCCUAUGCUAUGACCACCCAACAAUAUGGUGACCAUAUAACAUCUUGUUUGGAUGAGAUCAAGGACUUCAGUAUGAGGAAAACUAGUAGUUUUGGUAACCAUGGCAGCAACUAUGCAGAUGGAACAAGUUUAGUAUCUCAUCAUUCUGAUGGACCUGAAGAGCGUCAAGUUUCUCAGGUAUUAGAUUCUAAGGAAACACAUUUCAGAGUUUCUUUUGAUGAUGAAUAUUCCAUACCUUCAGACAAAGCAAACUUUUCUGUUACAUGUUACUUCACAAAACAGUUUCAUGCAUUGAGGAAGUUAUGUUGCCCAAGUGAAUUGGAUUACAUACGCUCCUUAAGCCGCUGCAAGAGGUGGAGUGCACAAGGUGGUAAAAGCAAUGUUUAUUUUGCCAAGUCACUAGAUGAGAGAUUGAUCAUAAAACAAAUCACAAAAACAGAGUUGGAAUCUUUUGAAGAUUUUGCUUCACAAUAUUUCAAAUAUUUAACACAAUCUAUAACUACUGGUAGCCCAACCAGCCUUGCCAAAGUCCUUGGUAUUUAUCAGGUUUCUGUUAAGCACUUCAAAGGUGGAAGGGAAAUGAAAAUUGAUGUCAUGGUAAUGGAGAAUCUGUUCUUUAAUAGGAGUGUUUCAAGAAUUUAUGAUCUCAAAGGUUCAGUUCGCUCUCGUUACAACCCUGAUACCUCAGGAAACAAUACAGUUCUACUAGAUUUGAAUCUAUUAGAGGCAAAACCAAUAUUUAUAGGAAGCAAAGCAAAAAGAAAAUUGGAACGUGCAGUCUGGAAUGAUACCUCUUUCUUGGCAGCUAUCGAUGUAAUGGAUUAUUCCUUGCUUGCUGGCAUUGAUGAGACAAAGAAGGAGCUUGUUAUAGGAAUAAUAGAUUACAUGCGGCAAUAUACAUGGGACAAGCAGCUCGAAACAUGGGUGAAGGCCUCAGGAAUCCUCGGCGGCCUGAAAAAUGCACCUCCGACUGUUAUAUCGCCGUUGCAGUACAAGAAAAGAUUCAGAAAAGCCAUGUCGAAUUACUUCCUUACAGUCCCUGACCAGUAGUCGCCUUGAGUCCUCUCGUCGCCGCAAGAUGUUGGCAGAGUCGUGCCACUGAACAAGAGUUGAAUGUGCCAACAAAGGUUGCUCAAGAAAGAUGAGAAUAGAUGUCUGUUUUAUGCUCUAUAUUCCGGUCGGCUCAUUCGAUCGCCCCUACCUACUUGUACCAUUCUUUCGAAUCUUACAGAGGAGGCAACAAAAAGGGAGGAGAAUGAAUAAGCUUUAAUUUUGCGAAAAAUGAUCCGUCUUUCUCCCUGUUUUCCCUUUCUUCCUAUUCAACCAAUAUAAAUGAGCUAUAGCGAAGCACCAUUCGGGAUGA